GUGAAGUUUAUUUUUCGCUUGUAUAGUUGGUGCUAACGGUGAUGAUGUUUUUCUCCGAACGCGUAGAAAUUAGGAGUCAAAUUUCGAAAAGAUUCUUGUAAAAAUCGCAGUUUUCAGUUCAGUUUUACGUCCCCAUUACCGUUAGAACACAUAUUUUCCUUCUUAAAGUUUCCCAUAACGCAGCUGGUUUUGCGUGAAGGCAAACAUCCUUCCGGGAGGAGAGAGGCAAACAAUGGCCGCUGGAUCAACACUACAGAAGGCGAUCGAUAUCGUCACGAAGGCCACGGAAGAGGAUCGCAACAAGAACUACGAGGAAGCGUUACGCCUGUACGAGCACGGAGUGGAGUACUUUCUGCAUGCCAUUAAGUAUGAAGCACAGGGCGACAAGGCAAAGGAUUCCAUUCGAGCGAAAUGUCUUCAAUACCUGGACCGCGAAAAGCUGAAAGCUUAUCUGAAAAAGGGCAAAAAGAAGCCGGUCAAGGAUGGCGGUAGCAGCUCGAAGGACAGCAAAGGCGGCAAGAACAACGGGGAUAGUUCGGAUUCCGACUCGGAUGAUCCGGAGAAGAAAAAGCUGCAGUCCAAGUUGGAAGGGGCCAUUGUCGUGGAGAAGCCUCACGUUAAGUGGUCGGACGUCGCUGGGUUGGAGGGGGCCAAGGAAGCACUGAAGGAAGCUGUUAUAUUACCGAUUAAAUUUCCACAUUUGUUCACGGGGAAAAGAAUACCCUGGAAGGGAAUUUUGCUGUUUGGGCCACCCGGUACGGGUAAAUCAUACUUGGCCAAGGCAGUGGCCACGGAGGCAAACAAUUCUACGUUUUUCUCGGUGUCAAGUUCUGACUUGGUGUCGAAAUGGCUCGGUGAGUCUGAAAAGCUGGUAAAGAAUCUGUUCGAAUUGGCCCGAACUAACAAACCUAGCAUUAUCUUUAUCGAUGAAGUGGACUCGCUGUGCUCAUCACGGUCGGACAAUGAAAGCGAAAGUGCCCGUCGAAUUAAAACGGAAUUCCUGGUACAGAUGCAGGGCGUGGGUAGUGAUAACGAUGGAAUUUUGGUGCUCGGAGCCACCAAUACCCCAUGGAUUUUAGACUCCGCCAUUCGAAGACGCUUCGAGAAACGUAUCUAUAUCCCUUUGCCUGAAGAACAUGCCCGGUUGGUUAUGUUUAAGCUUCAUCUGGGUAACACGUCUCACUGUCUAACGGAGGAAAACAUUCGCACCUUGGCUAAAAAGACGGAAGGAUACUCUGGGGCUGAUAUUUCAAUUGUAGUUCGCGAUGCACUGAUGCAACCGGUACGAAAGGUUCAGUCGUCAACGCAUUUCAAAAAGAUCACUGGCCCAUCGCCUGUUGAUAAGGAAACGAUCUGUGACGACCUAUUGGUACCUUGCAGUCCGGGUGAUUCUGGAGCUAUCGAGAUGACUUGGAUGGAGGUACCCAGUGAUAAACUAUCCGUUCCACCGGUCACCAUGAGCGAUAUGCUGAAAUCGCUUUCCAGCACCAAACCAACCGUGAACGAGGAAGAUAUGAAGAAAUUGGACAAAUUCACGGAAGAUUUCGGACAAGAAGGCUAGACCAUACGAUCUUCAAUGGAGUGGAGAAGCUCCCCAAAAUGGGUAUCCCAGAGUUGGCCUCGUAAGUUUGCCUUUUCUUCAAUUCAAUCCUUUCGACCUCGGAUGUUUCCUGUUUCUGAUUUAAGGAUACUGAAUGUGUCCACUUGGUGAUAUAUUUAGGGCGCCCUCGUGAAAUGUCAGCUAUGAAAGAAGUCGAACUAGGACGGUUAUAACACUGCGAAUCUGCUGGGGUGAACUCCACAUACUUAAUAGAUUUUUAUAGCUCUAGAUUCAAACACAGAUACAAACUUCACCUGCAUAUAAAUGCGAAGCGUUUUUGAAUAUAUGGAUAUAUUUUCACUUCUCUUCUAUCGUUUUUCCCUAUUUUACCUUGCGAAACUGUACGAAUAAUAUAUUAGCAGAUACUGAUUUGAGGAUAGUGAGUAAUCGUUGAAGCAAACAGUGUCGUUUCAUUUUUUUGUGUUUUAUAGUCCAUCCAAAUUCUACAAAGAGUUCUUCACUUGGGCACUCAAUGUGUAUAAUCUGUAUAUCUUAAGAACAGCCCAAUAGUUACGUCCCACAUUUACUACCCCUAUUCGUAUAAUUGCCCUGUGUCCUAUGGGAUUUUCUAUUUACAUGGGACAGUUAUGCGAACAGGGACAGUAUAGUUCGAGAUGACUGCUUUAGCGGGACGUAAUAUAUGGACUUUACGUAUAUAAUACAUGUAUUUGCUCGGUUAAUUGGACACUGCAAAAUAGAUUCGUGGACAUAAUUACCAUUAUAGAAUUCAAAAGCAAACGAAACAAACAUGCUGAAAAAAAAGAGAAAUAAAUAAGUGAAUACUACACUGUUAUAUUGCUGAAAA